UGGGAGUUUAGUCUCCAGCCUCUGCUACUGAGCUGUGGUGAGGGCCUCAAAAUGGAUGGAGAGUCUUCUUUGGAGAGAUACUUAGACCAGUGUGAUGCUGAGGAUGUUUUGGCUUCCUCUGCUCACAUGUACACACCAAUGACUCCAUAUGAUGAUCUAGCAAUACAACCACUUCCAGGAACAUCAUAUUCUUCUGCACUUGAACAGUCCAAGGAGCUGUCAACUGAUUUUUCUUCUGUGGAUCUUAGUUUUCUUCCUGAUGACCUGAAUCAAGAAAAUGAGGAUCAACAAGAACAACAAACUUCAUCACAAUCACUAGAGCAAGAUAGUGGUAUUUGCUUGGAUGCCUCUAAUCUUUCUCAGCCAUUUACACCUUCUGAAUGCAGAGAUGCUUCCCAAGAUUCGACUAACCUAUGUCCCAUGCCCAUUACCCCAAUGACUCCAAUGACUCCGAUGACCCCAGUUGCAGAGAGUUCUGGGAUAGUUCCUCAGUUGCAGAAUAUAGUGUCCACUGUGAAUUUAGCCUGUAAACUGGACCUAAAGAAGAUUGCGCUUCAUGCCAGAAAUGCAGAAUAUAAUCCGAAGAGAUUUGCUGCAGUAAUUAUGCGGAUCAGAGAACCCAGGACAACAGCACUCAUAUUCAGCUCUGGCAAAAUGGUCUGCACUGGUGCAAAAAGUGAAGAGCAGUCCAGACUGGCAGCAAGGAAGUAUGCACGAGUGGUACAGAAGCUUGGAUUCCCAGCAAAGUUCCUUGACUUUAAGAUACAGAACAUGGUGGGAAGUUGUGAUGUGAGAUUUCCAAUCCGUUUAGAAGGUUUGGUAUUGACUCAUCAGCAGUUUAGCAGCUAUGAACCUGAAUUGUUUCCGGGCCUCAUCUAUAGGAUGGUGAAGCCAAGAAUUGUUCUGCUUAUUUUUGUUUCUGGAAAAGUUGUGUUGACUGGUGCCAAAGAGCGUUCUGAAAUUUAUGAAGCAUUUGAAAAUAUAUACCCUAUUCUUAAAGGUUUUAAGAAAACAACCUAAUUCCCUCCAUUAUGACAGUUAAAUUAUUGUUUGUAUAAUAUAUGUAAAUAUAAAAUCAUAGUUUUGGAACAAAAAUAAAGGCUUUAUUUAAUU